AUGCCUGCUCGCAGCCUUGCCCACCUAUACGAGACAAUUAUCGUCGACGUCGGGAAUGUUCUUUUCACAUGGUCAUCCAAAGGGCUCAAUAACGCCGUCGACUCCAAGAUUUUUCGCAGGAUGGUCAGCUCUCAGAUAUGGGGGGAUCACGAAACGGGAAAACUUACAAACGAUGAAGCUUAUGCAACUCUGGCUAAAGAGUUUAAAGUAAGCAAAGAGGAUGUCCGUUCGGCCAUGAUCAGCACGAUAGGGACACUCUCACCUCGACAAGAAAUGUUCGACCUGAUUCGAUCCCUCAAAGCUGGGCGCAAAAUUUAUGCCAUGUCAAACAUGUCUGAACAUUCGUGGAACAUAGUAAGAAACGCAGGAGCUAAGCAAUGGGAGAUUUUUGAUGAUGUCUUCAUAUCUGGUUCGGUUGGAUGUCGUAAGCCCGAGACGCCAUUCUAUAAACAUGUUCUUCAAAAAACAGGCGCCAAACCUUCGCACACUAUCUUCGUCGAUGAUACCUUGGAAAACUUGGCGACAGCCCGUAUCUUUGGAAUCAGACCCGUCCUUUACGAUAAUUUUCCCAGCGUCGAAAGAACCUUAAGGAAUUUGUGUGGCGAUCCCGUUUCCCGAGCUAGAGCAUUCCUUGUCAACAAUUCAAAAAAGCACCAGUCUUACGCUUCCACUGGCGAUAUCAUUCACGAAAACUUCUGUCAACUGAUGAUACUAGAGGCCACCCAGGACCCUUCUCUGGUGGAUUAUCUUACUUACGAGGCGGAGUGGGACUUUUUCCAAGAGUUAAGCGGACAGUUUACAGACGCAGUAUUUCCAGCCGACCUUGAUACUACAUCCAUGGCGUGGACGGUCAUUCCCGACAUUACAACAGAUGCUAUCAAGCACAGAGUAAUGGAUAGAAUGGUUGCGGACUUUUUGGAUAACGAUGGUAUUCCAUUCACCUAUUUCGAUAGAAAUCGUGCCAGAAGAGACCACGGAGUCUGCGUAAACGUCCUCACUCUAUUCUACGCAAACGGACGAGGCCAUGAGCUCACACGGGCAACCGACUAUGUUUAUUCACUCCUCCAGUCUGGUGCUUAUCUAGAGGGAUCAAGAUACUACAGGUCUCCAGAAAUAUUUCUGUACUUUGUCUCUCGUUUAUUGGAGACGUCUCCUCUUCUUGAACGUCGUAUGGGAGAUUUAUUCAAGGAAUGCUGCCGUCAGCGUAUCGGAACCCCUGCAGACCCUUUAGCACUGGCCAUGCGUUUGCAUUGUUGCACGCGCUGUGGUCUUGAUGCUAGUACCGAUUUUAAAAGGCUCCUCGAUUUACAGCAGGUGGAUGGCGGAUGGGAAAGCGGAAUACUCUAUACAUAUGGAUUGGUAAAUAUAACAGUAGGUAAUAGGGGUUUAACGACUGCGAUAGCACAAAGGGCAAUCAUAGAGUACCUCACUAAAUUUGGCCCCAUUCCGAGCUAG